AUGAAGCUGCACAGGAGAGGGUCCGCUCUUCUCCUUUUCUUCCUGCUCACCCUGCAGGCUGAGGCGACGCUGGUGCGAAGCUACCUUUACGAUAACCGCUAUGCGGGGGAUAAGGUGAUACGGGUUGUUCCAGAGAAUGACAGAGAAGCAGAGAUGCUGAAGGUUCUUGCUCAGCAACUUAAGGUGGACCUGUGGCAGCCUGGUAGCAUCUCCUACAUUUCCAAGGGUGCCAUUACAGAUGUCCGUGUAUCAAGGAACAAUUCACAAAUUCUUCUACCCUACCUGCAACAAGCGAGCAUCCAGUAUAUAGUCCUCAUAUCUGAUCUGCAAAAAGCAGUAGAAAAGCAAAGUGGUUCGAGGUUAUCUAGAAACCGGAGAUCAUUAUCAGGAUACAGCUAUGAAGUAUAUCAUUCACUGGAAGAAAUUCAAAGUUGGAUGUAUCAUUUGAACAAAACUCAUUCAGAUCUUGUUCACAUGUUCUGUGUGGGCAAGUCAUAUGAAGGAAGACCACUUUUUGUGCUAAAGCUAGGCAAAAGAACACGCGUUUAUAAGAAAGCUGUCUGGAUGGACUGUGGAAUCCAUGCAAGGGAAUGGAUUGGCCCAGCCUUUUGCCAGUGGUUUGUGAAAGAAGCUCUUCAAACAUAUCAGAGUGAUCCAGCCAUGAGAAGAAUGCUAAAUCAGUUGUAUUUCUAUAUCAUGCCUGUUUUUAAUGUGGAUGGAUACCAUUUUAGUUGGACCCAUGAUCGAUUUUGGAGAAAAACAAGAUCAAAGAAUUCAAGGUUCCACUGCCAUGGCGUAGAUGCUAAUCGUAAUUGGAAAGUGAAAUGGUGUGAUGAAGGUGCUUCUCUCCACCCCUGUGAUGACACCUACUGUGGUCCUUUCCCAGAAUCUGAGCCAGAAGUUAAGGCUGUAGCUCAGUUCCUUCGCAAACACCGGAAGCAAAUAAAAGCUUAUUUGUCUUUUCAUGCAUAUGCCCAAAUGUUGUUGUAUCCAUACUCUUAUAAGUAUGAAAUUAUCCCAAAUUUCAGCUGUGUGGAAUCUGCAGCUCUUAAUGCUGUAAAUGCCUUACAAUCAGUGCAUGGGAUAAAGUACCGAUACGGCCCUGCCUCAAGCACUUUGUAUGUGAGUUCUGGCAGUUCUAUGGACUGGGCAUACAAAAAUGGUAUCCCCUAUGCCUUUGCAUUUGAGCUGCGUGAUACAGGUCAUUUUGGAUUUUUACUGCCGGAGACCCUAAUCAAGCCAACUUGUACAGAGACUAUGCUGGCUGUUAAAAAUAUAACCAUGCACUUGCUAAAGAAGUGUUACUAG